CGUAUAUAGAUACAACUGCGGACUUCAUUUCUCGCCCUCAUUGUAAACCCUAGGCAGCACCUAAAUUUUCCAGUGAUCAGCUUUCGUAGCCGUCGCAUCUCUCAAGGAUGAAGGUUAUCGCAGCUUACUUGUUGGCCGUGUUGGGUGGCAACACCAGCCCUUCCGCUGAAGAUUUGAAGAGUAUCCUCGCAUCAGUUGGAGCUGAUGCUGAUGAGGACAAACUGGAGAUCCUUUUGUCUCAAGUAAAGGGCAAGGAUAUCACCGAGUUGAUUGCUUCUGGAAGGGAAAAGUUGGCCUCCGUACCUGCUGGUGGUGGUGGUGUUGCUGUGGCUGCACCAGUUGGUGGUGGAGGUGGUGCUGCCGCCCCUGCUGCUGCUGCCGAGUCAAAGAAGGAAGAGAAAGUGGAAGAGAAAGAAGAGUCUGAUGAUGACAUGGGCUUCAGUCUCUUCGAUUAAGCAAUUGCAAAAGUGGAUUUUCUAUAUGAAAGAACACUCGUCAACUUUUCCUUCAUUCUAUUGUAUUAGAAAGUGUUUCCUUUACGAUUUUGGCUCUUGUUUUAGUUGGGAUUUUUGUUGUUUAGGGAGACCAUGGAGAUAUAAUAUUCUUAAUUUUGAGUUAUAUUUUUCUGGAUGAUUUUAAAUUAUUAUCCGUAUUUCUCGUGUUUUCUUGCCUAUAAAAUUGUUAUGUUCUGGUU